UGCGCUGCCACGUCUGCUCAGCUCCGCGGUAAUGGAGGCUGGGGAUGGGUGCUGAAGUACCAGGCUUUGGCUCUAGCUUUAGCUCUGGCACUGGAACUGCCUCGGAGUCUGGGUCUGAGUCUGGCAGCCCGAAGCUUGGACACCUUUUCUUGAUUCUCUAGGUGGGGGCUGCCUGCGUCCAAGCACCUGGUUUGCAGCGUUUCAACGCGGGGAGGGAGUUCCCUUACCUGGGGUCCAGUCUGUAAAGUUGUCGCCGCUUUCUAGGGAUCCCGCCCCACCGGCUGGGACUCUUCCAUGCAGUUGAAACUGGUUGACAACCAUUAACCUGGGUUGCAACUACAGGUGGCACUGGAAGCAGACUGGUUCCUGGACAUGCCCGGUGGAAGGAGGGGCCCUAGUCGGCAACAGCUAAGCCGUUCAGCUUUACCUUCUUUGCAGACUUUGGUUGGUGGGGGCUGUGGCAAUGGAACAGGCUUGAGAAACAGGAAUGGUAGUGCUAUUGGCCUUCCAGUCCCACCUAUCACAGCCUUAAUCACCCCAGGUCCUGUUCGUCAUUGCCAAAUUCCUGACUUGCCUGUGGAUGGGAGCCUACUCUUUGAAUUCCUUUUUUUCAUCUACCUGUUGGUUGCUCUUUUCAUUCAGUACAUCAACAUUUAUAAAACAGUGUGGUGGUAUCCUUACAAUCAUCCUGCUUCUUGUACAUCACUGAAUUUUCAUCUCAUUGAUUAUCAUCUGGCAGCAUUCAUCACAGUGAUGCUUGCGAGGAGGCUUGUAUGGGCUCUCAUCUCAGAGGCUACUAAGGCAGGUGCAGCAUCAAUGAUUCACUACAUGGUUCUGAUAUCAGCUCGCUUGGUACUACUCACUUUGUGUGGAUGGGUACUUUGUUGGACCCUCGUCAAUCUCUUUCGAAGCCAUUCAGUCCUCAAUCUCCUUUUUCUUGGCUACCCGUUUGGUGUUUAUGUUCCUCUUUGCUGUUUUCAUCAAGAUAGUAGAGCUCAUCUUCUUCUCACAGACUAUAACUAUGUGGUUCAGCACCAGGCAGUAGAGGAAAGUGCCUCGACUGUGGGAGGCUUGGCCAAAUCCAAAGACUUUCUCUCCUUGUUGCUGGAGUCACUGAAAGAACAGUUUAAUAAUGCCACACCCAUCCCCACCCACAGUUGUCCCCUAUCUCCAGACCUCAUUCGCAAUGAAGUAGAAUGUCUGAAAGCAGAUUUCAACCACAGAAUCAAGGAGGUUCUCUUCAACUCCCUCUUCAGUGCCUACUAUGUUGCAUUUCUCCCCCUGUGUUUUGUGAAGAGUACCCAGUACUAUGACAUGCGCUGGUCAUGUGAGCACCUCAUUAUGGUGUGGAUCAAUGCUUUUGUCAUGCUCACCACACAACUGUUGCCAUCCAAAUACUGUGAUUUGCUACAUAAAUCAGCUGCUCACCUGGGCAAGUGGCAGAAGCUGGAACAUGGGUCCUACAGCAAUGCUCCACAGCACAUUUGGUCAGAAAAUACAAUAUGGCCUCAGGGGGUGCUGGUGCGGCACAGCAGAUGUUUAUAUAGAGCCAUGGGGCCUUACAACGUGGCAGUGCCUUCAGAUGUAUCUCAUGCCCGCUUUUAUUUCUUAUUUCAUCGACCAUUAAGGCUGUUAAAUCUGCUUAUCCUUAUUGAGGGCAGUGUCGUCUUCUAUCAGCUCUAUUCCUUGCUGCGGUCGGAGAAGUGGAACCACACACUUUCCAUGGCUCUCAUCCUCUUCUGCAACUACUAUGUUUUAUUUAAACUUCUCCGGGACAGAAUAGUAUUAGGCAGGGCAUACUCCUACCCACUCAACAGUUAUGAACUCAAGGCAAACUAAGCUGCCUCUCAACAAUGAGGGAGAACUCAGAUAAAAAUAUUUUCAUACGUUCUAUUUUUUUCUUGUGAUUUUUAUAAAUAUUUAAGAUAUUUUAUAUUUUGUAUACUAUUAUGUUUUGAAAGUCGGGAAGGGUAAGGGAUAUUAAAUGUAUCCAUAAACAAGGUGAUGUGAUCUUUCAUGUGUUAGUAUAUUCGAAUAAUAUACAUAUGAGAGGUAUGCCUGUCCAGUAAAGAGAUUGAUUUGUUUGUAUGGCUCUGGAAUAACUCAUUCGUUUAUGAACACAUCUCAUGUAUUACUUGACACAGUACCUUUGGUAUGUCUGCUUUUCUUUCAAUCCUCAUUAUCUUUAGCCCUCAGCUGGCCAGUAAUUAUUGCUAAAGAAGGGGAGAUCAAUGGAGUUGCCUACCAGCACCCAUUCUCUUUUAGUUCAGCUGGCUAAUAGUAUUGGAAUACAUUGGGAAAAGAGUGGGUUAAAGUCCUAGGUGGAGUUCUCUUUGUUGCCUACCAGGAGGAAGCAGUAGGCUUCCUUUCUAAGAUAGGGACUCAGCUGGUCUAUUUCACCCUGUGACAUUUAAAUAUACUUUUGAAUAAGCUACUAUGCUGAGGCUCAGGGUUUUGCUGCCACUUUUCCUGUUUUUCCACUUCUGCCUCCAGAAAUUUUCCUCUUAGUUGUUUGAAAUAAUACUUUACCAGACUUCAUGAAUGUAGUCUGCCCACAUUCAUGAAGAAGAUGAUGUGUGGCUGGAUCAGUAGGAGAAGCUGAGUGCAAAUGCCAUGUGGGCUAGAGUAUGGGAAGGUUGAAAAUUCCAAGUAACUGGGAGAAUGGGCAAGUCCUCAGCUGAACAAUCUUGGAUGUCUAGCAGCAACCCAUCUACAAUGGCAUUAUGUUUGGAGUUAUGAGGGGAAGUGAAAGAUAAGAAUUACCUACAGCUUUGUAUUCAGAUAAUUUAUAUCCAAAAUUUGUGUUUUAAAUUUCAUACUCCAGAACUUUCAUGUUUAUGAGUAUUAGCCCUUUAAGUUAUGGGAGGUGAUAUACUUAGUCCACUGAUGUUGUCACUUGUCAUCUAAACUUACGAGACCUUGUGUUAGAGAAUCUAAAAUAUAUUGUCAUAUGUUUUCUGUGCUGAGUUUGGUUUGUUACACUGUGAAGCUUUUGGUGAAACAAAAUAAGACUUAUGAAGUAAAAAGACCAAUCAUGUAGUUGACAA